CGUGCGCUCAUUCUUGGCUCACGUUUUGUGACCAUGUCUUUCUUCCUUCCUUCAUAGCUCUUGCAGUGUCCCAUAACAGAGCUAUCUAUCCAUCUAUUACUCAUCACUUUGGUGGAUGGCUUCUUCUUCUUCUUCUUCUUCUUCUUCUCUUCUUCCUUCCUUUCUCUGCACCCAAUGCGCCCUUAAGUCCCCACGCCCUUCUUCGCUUCGUGCUUCGGCCACUCCGACCCACAAGGCUCGCUUCGUCGCUCGCCGCAAGGAGUCCCUUUCGGUUCGGCAACUCCAACGCCCCCUAAUUGAGUACAUGCGGUUGCCGGCGAGUCAGUAUUCUGUGUUGGACGCGGAGAGGAUUGAGCGGGUGAACGACGACACCUUUAGGUGUUACGUUUAUAGGAUCAAGUUCUUCGCCUUUGAGGUUUGUCCGGUGUUGUUGGUUAAGGUGGAAGAGCAGCCUGAUGGCUGUUGCAUCAAGCUCUUGUCUUGCAAGCUUGAGGGGUCACCGAUAGUUGCUGCACAGAACGACAAAUUUGAUGCUAUAAUGGUGAACCGGAUAUCGUGUGAUAGUAACUCUGAUAAGUCAUUGGUGCAGAAACUCACAUCAGACACAAUAAUUGAGGUAAGCAUUGAAAUCCCUUUUGCUUUCCAAGCAAUACCAAAGCAAGCAAUUGAAUCAGCUGGAACGCAAGUCCUUGAACAAAUACUCAGGAUUAUGCUUCCCCGUUUUAUGACACAGCUUGUGAAAGAUUAUCAAGCUUGGGCAACCGGAGAUACCUCGAGGCAACCUCUUGGAACAGGUGAAAUCUGAAACAAUGCGUAAUAGCAAUUGGCACUGGCGCUGGCCUUAAAUUGCUGUAUAGUAAAAUAGUUCUAGAAAUGUCGUUUGUAGUAUGUGCAUUAGUUAAUUAUUUGUUUGAUAAUUGAAUAUACAUAUUUUUUUGUGGGGAGACGGCGUUUAAGGAAUUUGUUUGUUACAAUAUUCCAGUGAUGAUUUCCAUUUAUAGGUAAUGUAAUCUCAAUGUUAAAAUUAAAGGAAUUUGAAAGGUUCAAGGAUUU